AUGACAACUGAAGAUGAAAUAACCUGUCUCUCACUGCCAGCGGAGGACGACGUUCUUCCGGUGAGUGCAGGUCGAGACCUGUCAACCAUCAGAGAGGCAGACGAGGGGGAGGUACCGAGACAGUCGAGUUCCAUGUCCAAGAGAACGCCGUCUUACAGAGGCAGUGCUAAGUUUCAAAGACGCCCUCUAGCGGAUCUUGAGGGUAUUGAAAGGGAAGCUCAAGAAAUUCACCAGAUCCUCAUUACGCAAUAUGGCUGCCUGGAAGACAGUUCGGACGACGACUCGUCGGUGCCGCUGUCUGAGGAGGAGAGAGAGUCGAGCGAAAACGAAGAUGAUUACGACACAGACCUCGAAAUGGACCUCGAUAGAUGGCUGCAUGCAGAGAGAAGUGAAUUUAAGGAUGAUAUGACGGGGGAGAAGAAGUAUAUAGCGGCGUGUGAGUAUAAUGGCGCACUUCCGGCAACAUACUUCAUCAAGCACAUUACUGAUCACAAAGUGAGCAUGAGGUUCCACGGGAUAGGACCAGCCGGUGCCAAAUCCAUGUGCGUCCCGCUAAAAACGAACGGCAAGAUUGAGAAGCUCGACUUAGAAGGCAACUGGAUUGAAGGUGAAGGUUGCACGUGCGUGGCGGAUAUGUUGAAGGAUAACAUAUAUAUCACCGAACUCAUUUUAUCAGAAAAUAAAGUGCGCAGUUAUGGGGCUGUUUCACUGUGUCAAAUACUCAUCAAAAAUGAUGUCAUAACAAAAUUAGACCUUUCAGGUAAUGACAUAAAAGAUGACGCCGCUGAACCAAUCUGUGAUAUGUUGAAGAAAAAUACGAGUUUAAAGCAUUUAUACCUGAGUCACAAUCACUUCGAGGAGGAAGGUGCACUCCAGUUUAAAGACGCACUCUCCACAAACGAGACGUUAGAAACACUCGAUCUCAGCUGGAACAUGUUCCGGACAAAAGGUGCAAUAUAUAUAGCAGAAGGCAUUAUGGAGAACUUUGGUUUGAAAACGAUGAAUUUCUCCAUGAACGGGUUAGGUCUGCACGGGGCUGAAGCGAUGGGGAAAGCUCUGAAGAACAACAGAACGCUGUUAAAUCUGGACAUCAGUUUCAACAGGAUACCCGAGAGAGGGUCUGGCUACAUCGCAGUCGGCCUGCAGACCAACGACAAUCUACAGACUCUCAAGAUUAGUUCUAACCCGCUGGGCAGUGAUGGAGCCUUGACCCUGCUGAUCGCCAUAGAGAGAAACGACUGCAGCGAACUCACGUACCUCGAGCUAUUGUACGUCUGGGUGAAGGACAACUUUCUGGACGCCAAAUCGAGGCUGGAAAAGGAACGUGAGAUUGCCAUCGUGCAUGGCGGGCUACUUCCGGAAGAAAACAAGCUGAAGAUGAAGAUCGGAGGUGGAGUUGAUAAGUGGUUUGUCCAGGACGCCAUGGGUUGCCUCAAGCAACACAUCAAAGCCAACAACUACAGACUUCUUGAUCUGUUCAAGGACUUCGACAAGGAUGGAAACAUGCAGAUAUCAAGGGAUGAAUUCUUCAAGGGUAUUCAGGUAGCCGGUCUGAUGCUGACAGAAGAACAGAUAGACGCGCUUAUGAACCACCUCGACAGAGACCGGAACGGACUAAUUGACUAUGCAGAGCUGAUAGAAGGAGACAAGGAAUAUCGAGCCAAUAUAAGAGCAGCUAAAGUGUCAGGGGAGAUAACUACAGAUGAUACUGAUGGCCCCGAAAAAGAAUCGAAUGUGUCUGUUCUUAAUAUGCUGGAUCAAGACUUCACGAAAUAA